CCGUGCCCGCCGCGGGCGCCCGCUCACCUGCCGCUGCCGCCGGCGGCGCCCGGGAGAUGCAGGGCGCCCCGUCCCGGCGGCCGGCUCCGCGGGGGCUGUCCCCGCAGCCCACCAUGACCGGGCCGAGGCUGGCCCUCGCCGCCGCGCUCCUCUGCAGCUGCACCUCGCCAGUGGCCGACGCCAACUCCUGGUGGUCUUUGGCCAUGAACCCCAUCCAGAGGCCUGAGAUGUACAUCAUCGGCGCCCAGCCGGUGUGCAGCCAGCUGCCGGGGCUGUCCCCCGGGCAGCGCAAGCUCUGCCAGCUCUACCAGGAGCACAUGGUGUUCAUCGGGGAAGGGGCCCGCAGCGCCAUCAAGGAGUGCCAGUACCAGUUUCGGCAGCGGCGGUGGAACUGCAGCACGGUGGAUAACACUUCCGUCUUUGGGAGGGUCAUGAAAAUAGGUAGCCGAGAGACCGCUUUCACCUACGCGGUCAGCGCCGCCGGCGUGGUGAACGCCAUCAGCCGCGCGUGCCGCGAGGGCGAGCUGUCCAGCUGCGGCUGCAGCCGCACCGCCCGGCCCAAGGACCUGCCCCGGGACUGGCUGUGGGGCGGCUGCGGGGACAACGUGGAGUACGGAUACCGCUUCGCCAAGGAGUUCGUGGACGCCAAGGAGAGGGAGAAGAACUACGUGAGAGGUUCGGAGGAGCAGGCUCGCAUGCUGAUGAACUUGCAGAACAACGAGGCCGGCCGCAGGGCCGUGUACAAGCUGGCAGACGUAGCCUGCAAGUGCCACGGCGUGUCGGGCUCGUGCAGCCUCAAGACCUGCUGGCUGCAGCUGGCCGACUUCCGCAAGGUGGGCGACCUGCUGAAGGAGAAGUACGACAGCGCCGCGGCCAUGAGGAUCAGCCGCAAGGGCAAGCUGGAGCUGGUGAACAACCGCUUCAACAUGCCCACGCAGGAGGACCUGGUCUACGUGGACCCCAGCCCGGACUAUUGCCUCCGCAACGAGACCACGGGCUCGCUGGGCACCCAGGGCAGGCUGUGCAACAAGACCUCGGAGGGCAUGGACGGCUGCGAGCUGAUGUGCUGCGGACGGGGCUACGACCAGUUCAAGAGCGUGCAGGUGGAGCGCUGCCACUGCAAGUUCCACUGGUGCUGUUAUGUCAAGUGUAAAAAGUGCACAGAGAUCGUUGACCAGUAUGUCUGUAAAUGAAAGGAGCUGCCAAAGCAACAAAUCUAUAUUAUAUAAAUCUAUAUAAAUAUAUUUUAUAUUUGUAUAAAUAAACAGAUUAUAAUAAUUAAAGAAGCUUA